UACUUAGACAACAGUAAAGAUAGUCAACCACAGCCAAUGCUGCACUGUAGUGCCAGCAUGGAGGGGGACACACUGGAUUUCUUAUCAGCAGCGUGGGAUUGUUUCCAAUUCUAAAAUCUGCUGUGACAACAAACCGCCUACUGAGCUCAACUGGUCCAGGAACAGAAUUCAACUGGUUUUGGAGGGAUUUGUUUCUGAAAUACAGAGAAAUGCUCAAAUUUAAUCAAUCUGCUCAACAGCAGCAAAACACUACUUCAGUGAAAUGAAUGUGUGUUUUUUUUUCUUGACAUGGGGACCAGUUUCACCCUGAAAGCUUUGAAGAAGACUAGUUGAAGUUGGAGAGGAUUGUCUGCCAUUGCUGCCAUUCUUAUUGCCCUGGGACUGUCAUUGUUUUUAAUGCUGUUUCAUACUCGCAAUGCAAGAAUUCUGUCAAACGAAGAACUCACCUGCAGCUAUGAAUUGGACUAAAUGAAAGAGGAGAGAAAGCGAGAAAAGGUCAAGAUUUUCUCUUUUGAUCACAGGGAUUUGCCUUAAAUUUCAAAAACAAGGACCAAAUCCAACCCUGAAAAAAAAAAAGAGGACUAGCUCAACACAACAUAGUAGAAAACUGAACAAAAUAUGACACAUGGCAUCUAAUUCAACCCAAAAUACGAUGCUUCCCUUGGCUUUGGAUUUGAUCAUCAUGGCUUGACCAACUGCCUUUCAGAACGAUGAAACUUGAUGCAGUGAAUCACCUAAAGGAGGAUGCACACAAAUGAUCAAGCUAAAUCCUAAAACAAGGAUUACAAAUUCACACAUUGAAGACUUGGUGUUCUACAGACAUGCUUUCGAUUCUGACAGUUGCAUAGUUGACUUACGACGCAGAAGUGCAUUUCCUGUUCAUCUACCCUUAAUUGUUGCUUCUGGCCGCAAUGUUUAAAGCAGAAAUUGCGCAAAGGUGACCAGAUAUCUUGGUCGUGGGCUCUGAAGCCGGUUGACCUCUGGCGUGUGUUAAUGUGUGUUCGCUACACAGACAGUACAUGUUCAUACAAGGUACGAGGUGCUAUGCUGAGAGUACCAAGUGUUGCACCAGCUCCAUCAGGCCACGAGUGGCAGUUUCAGUGUUCUGUCGGAGUGGACUGUAGCGACGUCGAACCUCGGUGUAUUUGGCUGGCAGUUUUAAGGGGUGUUUCUCCUCUUGCAUCCCCUCGCCCAACUCCCAUUGCAUCACCAAGAAGACGGGGCUCCCGGAGGGUCAUACAGCGCCAUCGGUUGACCUGGGCUAAAGGGCGGAGAGAUGGCAUGGUGUCGCCCAAUGAGAACAGGCGCCGGCCGCUGUCAUCGGGUGAGGUGGAGGGCGUGUCAUGGCAGGGCCCACGAACCAUUUUUCUCCAGAAGAAUUCACAGGGAUUCGGCUUCACUCUGCGCCACUUUAUCGUCUACCCACCAGAGUCCUCUCUCCACACCGUCAAGGAUGAAGAGAAUGGCAACACAAUGGGAAAAGGUUGUCAGUGGUCUCGCUUGGAGCCAAUGGACACCAUCUUUGUGAAGAGUGUCAAAGAAAAUGGCCCCGCCCACCAAGCCGGACUGUGCACAGGGGACAGACUGGUGAAGGUAAACGGGGAGAGCAUUCUGGGAAAAACCUACUCUCAGGUGAUCGCCCUCAUCCAAAACAGUGAAAACAUUCUGGAGCUCUCUAUUAUGCCAAAAGAUGAGGAUGUGUUGCAGUUGGUAAGUGCAUACUCCCAGGAUGCCUACCUGAAAGGCAAUGAGCCAUACACAGGUGAGGCUCAGAACCUACCUGUGCCACCGCUUCUCUGUUACACCUCUACCAAGCCCAGCUCUGCCGCCUCACAGCCAAGCCACAACCUCCACAGCCCCCUGGACAACUGGCAGUGUCGGCCUGGAACCGCCACUUUGCCACUGGACAACAGCCCCUCUGCUGCUUCCACUCCUGCCUCCGGCUGGUCCGGAGGCAGAUACGAUGAUUCCAGUGGUCACUUUGUCCCAUCAGGGCGGUACCGUGGGCGAUCCUCAUCAGCCAUCAGCGCACUUGACUUUCACUUUGCUAACCACAACGCUGCCAUCGCCUCUGCAACUCUGCCACGAAAGAGCAGCCUGCCAGCUUCUGCACGUGCACACACCGAUGCCCUCUGCCAGCAGGCUCUGUCAGACUGGUACUACAGCCAGGCUGAAGCUGCAGAGCGCAUGUCCCCCCGCCAUCGCAGUAUAUCUCAGGAUCGCUUAGCAGAGCUGGGUUUGGCACUGGGUCCUGGGCCUGCAGCUGUCUCUACCACUUCUGCAGAGCAUCAUAGGAGAGAAACCCUCCUGUACCACCACCAGGCAGCUGCUGCUUCCCAUGAUUCUUAUUGGCUUGGCGGCUGGGGUGGUGUAUCAGGACCAGGAAGCAGGUCGUGCUCAGAAAGUCUGCUGGCAGCCUAUGCUGAAUAUGAGCACAACUAUGAUCGUUCUGUGGAAACACUGGCGCAAGCCUCUGCUCUGGUCUCACCGCGCUACGAACACACUUCACAAAGCUCCCAAACAACAAAAUACAGUGAGCAGAAAGACCAGAAAGCCUCAGGAGGACACCAGCACCAAACCACAGUGACAUCCCCCAUCAGAACCUCCUCCACAGUGCCUCCCAGUGGCAGGCAGCCAGGUCAGCAGGUAGCAGAGCCCCAAACAAGGCGAGUAAAAGAGGACGAGCUGGUGGGCUACAAAAGCUAUAGCCCUUCUUUCUCCCGCAAAGCUGGCCACCUUCUUCAGCAAGCCCACUCCUUCAGAGAACCCAGCUACAGCGGCCCUCACCUCAACUGGAGCCUUGGUGGCAGAAGCAGCCCGGUGGACAAUGAUGGGGUGUUGGCGCCCCGACCCCAGUCCACACCAGCCAUGUCCACGUCAGAGGAGGAGAGAGUGGGAGAAGACAGAGAGGUCGUCUCCCCUGUAUCACUUUAUCAGGAGGUGGUCCUCAGGCAGAAGCCCGCUGCAGGCCGCCGAGCCGCCCUUCAGAGUCUGCGACACUACAGCACACCCGUUGACUCACCGGAGCCACCUGGUUUGAUACCUUCACCUGGGACCCCCUCCCCUAUCUCUGGCACUGGACACAGCCGCAGGGCCAAUGGUAGCCUGGCACAGCAUGCACUUGACUCCCUGUCCUCUAUUCCCUUCAUAGAUGAGCCUACCAGUCCUAAUAUUGACCAUCAGGCCUGCUAUGUACCAGCCUGCUCUGUGGUGUCCAGCUCCCAGGCCGCCAUUAUGGCCACUCUCACUUCCACCUUUGUCUCCCCCACCCUCUCCUCCAUCUCUCCCUUUGUUCGACUUCGUUCGCAGGAUUGCAGCAGCAUUAAGGGCCGCCGCUCCUCUUACUUGCUGGCCAUCACCACUGAGAGAUCGAAGUCCUGUGAUGAGGGGCUCAACACGUUCAGGGAAGAAGGUCGUGUCUUCUCCAAACUACCAAAAAGAGUGAAGAGCUUUUUUACUGAUGGGUCUCUGGAGAGCUUGCGAGUCCAGGAGGAGGCCCGGUCAAAACGCCACUCCACCUCAGAGCUGGGCACCAUCACCCUCAGUGACAUACAUAAGGAGGGCUGGCUGCACUACAAACAGAUCCUCACAGAGAAGGGAAAGAAAGUUGGUGGUGGCAUGCGACCGUGGAAACGCGCCUUCUCAGUGCUCCGCUCACACUCGCUGUUCCUCUACAAAGACAAGAGAGAGGCUGUGCUUCAUGGAGCGGGGGCAGGACCCAGCCAGGACGAGCAUCCCCCGAUCAGCAUCCGCGGCUGCCUGAUCGACAUCGCCUACAGCGAAACCAAGCGCAAGCAUACCCUGAGGCUGACCACGCAGGACUUCUGCGAGUACCUGCUGCAGGCCGAGGACAGGGACGACAUGUUGGCCUGGAUUCGAGUCAUCAGGGAGAACAGCAAGACAGACAACGAGGAGAUUGGUUUUUCAAAACAAGCUCUCAUCAACAAGAAACUGAAUGACUACAGAAAGCACAGUCUGACAGGUAACAAGCUGGACUCCUCUCCCAAAGCUCAUCGUAUGAUGCCUCCCUUCCUCCUGGCUAAAACUGACAACACCUCGGUGAACCGAGCCUCCAGAUCUGAUGACAACAAGGCACUCUGGGGCAUCAACAUCAUGAAGAAGGCCAAGAAGACAGGCAGUCCGAAGGCUUUUGGUGUGCGACUGGAGGACUGUCAGCCAGCUGUCAACCAUAAGUUUGUACCUCUGAUCGUGGAGAUGUGCUGUGGCGUUGUCGAGACGCUGGGUCUAGAGUACACUGGCAUCUACCGCGUACCAGGGAACAAUGCCAUGGUGUCCAAUCUGCAGGAGCAUCUCAACAAGGGCAUGGACAUUAACACUGCUGAGGAGAGAUGGCAGGACCUGAAUGUAAUCAGCAGCCUGCUUAAAUCAUUUUUCCGAAAACUGCCGGAGCCUCUGUUUACUGAUGACAAAUACAACGACUUCAUUGAUGCUAACCGAAUAGAAGAUGCAGAGGACAGACUGAAGACCAUGAAGAAACUGAUCCAUGACCUCCCAGAUCACUAUUAUCACACCCUCCAGUUCCUGGUGGGCCAUCUGAAGAAGGUGGCAGAUCACUCUGAAAAGAACAAGAUGGAACCAAGAAACCUAGCUCUGGUGUUUGGACCCACUCUGGUGAGGACGUCAGAGGACAAUAUGACGGACAUGGUCACUCACAUGCCCGAUCGCUACAAAAUAGUGGAGACACUUAUCCUGCAUUAUGACUGGUUCUUCAGUGAUGGAGAACUGGAUAAGGAAGACAAGGCCCCAGAGGAUAAGCGGGACAUGCAACCUGUGCCGAAUAUUGACCAUCUGCUGUCCAACAUCGGCAGGCCAGGCAUGCCAUGCGAGGCAUCAGAAUCCACCACCAGCGAUUCACUUAAAUCAAAGCUUUCUUUGAGCUCCAAAAAAGACCUGAAUGCCAAGGACUUCCUACCCAAGUCCAUCAUCUCUGCAGUGACCCGCAAACGCAAAAAAGGCCCCAAUACUAACCAGCCGGGAAGCAGCGCUGAUGAGGACUCCGAGCAUGAACCAGUCAAAGCUAGCAACUACGGAGGAAAAGAAAUGGGAGGGGAGGAACAAGAGGAUCGACAAGAGCAAGAGGCAGUCAAGGCGGAACAUAUCAUUCCUCUCAAAGAAAGCCAAAAUGGGGUAAAAGCUCAAAACACCACAGAGGGAAAGGAUCCACUGACAGAAGGAGAAGAGGUUGAAGAGGACUUGAGGAAGAAAACUAGCAGUGAUGCACAAAGUUUGCAAAGACAGAGAACCAACUUACCGGCGCUUCGUCCAAACAGCUUUCUCUACUCACAUCACCAAGUCCACGGCACAUUCCCUAGACCACCACCUGCGACUAAUCCUCCUUCCCAUUUGAGAACUCACAGUCCAGCCAGUGGACGUCCCACUGUCCCCUUCUGGAUCUCCCCCUCCAGGCCACCCAAUCUUGGACGUGGUUCUAGCUGCACGCCAGACUGGAACCAGUUAGCGCCAGUUCGCUACAGGAAGACCAGAGGUGGAAGGCCGAGGGCUGUGUCCAUGAAUCUGGAGCUUGAGCUGGGCAGGAGGGAAGACAGAGUCAGAGAAUGGAGAACAGACAAGGUGGAAGUGAUCUGGGUCACUGAGGGAACAUCGAGUCUGUGCAGACAUGUUGGGAUGCCUCAGGGAACAACUGUAGGCUCCAGGUCAGUUCAGCAUAUGGGUCCGCUCCCUCAGCUUGCCCAGGGGUCUCCCCCUCUUGCCUCUUCUUCCUUGGGAUGGGUCGAUCAAAGCUCCCCCGGUUCUUUGACUGUGGUCAUGAGGAGAUCAGCCACAGAAGUGCGGGACAACACCAGAGCGUGGCGUCGUCACACAGUGGUAGUUUAACCCAACUGUGACAUUUACUAAUGCAGUACCAAGCACUUGCCCUUUACUCACUAACACCGAAUCACAUGUAUCAUCGCUUCUGAAGCCUAACGUCUUGUUUUGUUAGCAGGGGAUCUCAGUUGUCUCAAGACUCAUUUGGCUUUUUACUGACUUUAAAUUGGGAAACAUGCCCUCGUGGUAAAAUGAAUCUUUGACACAGAGUGUAGUUGAAGAGUUUCAUUCCAAAAUCAAAAACAGAAAACUGUGCAAGCAAUACUUUUGUCUUAAUUCCUUCAGUUGCCAAAGAGUAUAGAUGUAAUUAUCCAUGAAUCUAUAUACUGUGCAGACCACAUGGAGGUAAACAUUAUCAGCUUAGCUUAUAGCCAAAAUCUGAUCACAUAUCCAAGCAAACAUACCUGCAAGGUCCCACAAUUUUUAGCCUGUGUUCACACUCUGCAUUUUGUAGAGCAUCUACUGUGGAUAGCAGGAAUGAAAUAAAUUUAAAUUUUAUCUUUUCAAAAGUACUGUUGAUGAUAAACCCACAUUCAACUUAAGUUCACCAAUUAGUGGAACCUUCUGGCUGUAGCAGUGUUUAACUCAUCUAAUCAGCAGUGCUUCAGCGCACCCUGCUGUUGAGACAUGGUUAUAACACCAGUCAAAUAGCUUUUGGAACUACAACCUCGUGUUCCUGUAUUACUGGCAACUUUCAGUUUGCACAGUCAGUAACACAGCUGCAUAAGGAUUUGCAUUACAAACAUUUUUAUCACCAGUCAGUAUAGCUAACACAUGGAGGAACAUCGUGGCAUUAGUCAGUCACAGCAGGUUUCUGAGCUGGGUAGCUUUUUAUUCGACCGUUAGCUUGGUUGCUAAUAGAAGGAAGUUCACUCACUGCAGAGCAUUGAUGAAUGAGGAAGGAGCAACACGUAACUACAGCUUUUCCUGUUCUCUCCAACUCUUCAUGCCCUCAGACAUCAACACAGUAAAGACAGUUUUGUGUUGUUUAGCAGUACAUAUUCAAGUAUUAUAAGCCCCAACAAACAAAUCUAAUGGUCACAACAAAUACCUUCAAAUUAACUGAUUUUGCUGCAGCCAUUUUAAAUGCUUUCGUGCAAAACAAAAAAUUCAGAAUGCGUCAGUAAAAAUCAAAAACUAAACCUUGUUUAAAUGAGGCGCCAUUGGCUUUAAAGGAGUCUUCUCAAGCAGUGAAAUGCCUGUAAUAAAAAUGUCAAGUACCAUCUGCAAUGAGUGCAGUGUCCCCCUAAACUUAGUCUUUGGGUUCUGUAAAGUGUCUUGAGACAAUUUGACCUGUAAUUGGCGCUAUAUAAAUAAAAUUGAAUUGAAAUUGAAUAGUCAAAACUGCAACCAUUCAACUUGAUUUGAAUUUUUGAUAGGAGGAAGAAAUCACAAGGAGCUAAAUUAAUUAUGGCAGGCGAAGAGCGUUGAUUAUGUUUGUAUUUGCCAAAAAACUUUCUGUUUGUCUUUUUUUAACGUUUUGUGACUGGCUACACAGUGCAUUGGAACACCCACAUGCUAUCGUGCCACAGUUCAGGUUGUUUACGCUGAAUGUUCUCAUUCAGACACCUCAGUGUCACCUCAGUGUCUGAACUACAACAGGAGAAAUGCUUCUCUUGCUGAAACGUCUGAACAACGUGCUGAAAUGACUGCUUGUGAGGGAUUUUCCUUUCAAACCGAGAUGGUCAGAUGUUCUCAUAUAUACAGUCUGAAGUUGAGUUGCUCUGACUGACUUAUUCCCUAAGUAGCUUUUAAGCAGUUUCAUGAAGUUUUUCUUCAUACUAUGGAUAGAUGGACGAAAAGUAAUAAACUGUCAUACCCUAGACCCAGUAGCUAGUAACAUAGAAUGUUUUGGAAUGAAACCUUUCAGCUGCAGAUUUAAAAUGAUGGAUGUUGAUAAAACAUUUGAGGUAAAGACUGAGAGAAAGCCAUAUUAGACAACUGAGAUUGAGCUCCCUGCUGCAGUAACUCUCACCAGCAAAGCCAUUGUCAGCCAUUUGUGUUCCACAGCAGACUGAUUGUCCUGGACUUGACCUGGUAUCGCCCCCUGCUGGUGUCCACUAAUGAUGUCUUUGACUGUACCCAUGUAAGCAAAGAUCUAAUAUGCAUCUUACCUGCCACGCUGAGUGCGGCACAGCACACUAAUUAAGAUGAAACCUCACUUCAGUUUACUUCUCAGCCCUUUACGAGCUCUUCCAAAGCCUCCUGUGGAUCUGCAGGAAAAUUCAGCAGAACUCAAUUUGUCUGGCCAGUGGACUCAGGCAUUAUGCCAAAGCUUCCUUGGAAUAGAAAAGAAUUCACGCAUGGAAAAAAUAUGCAAACCCUAAGUGUUCAACACGAGCCUGUCGUGCUUCCCUCUGUGUGUGUGUGUGUGUGUGUGUGUGUGUGUGUGUGUGUGUGUGUGUGUGUGUGUGUGUGUGUGUGUGUGUGUGUGUGUGUGUGUGUGUGUGUGUGUGUGUGUGUGUGUGUGUGUGUGUGUGGAAAGGAGGGCCAGAGCUGUGAGGAUGAUGAUGCCUGCUUGGUUAUGAGUGUUCACGGCAGCUAUGUCAAGUCAUGCCAAAAUUCUGUUGUUUUUUUCUAUGUGGGUAAUUGUACAGUGUCGGCAUUGUGGAAAAAGCUUAACAAAGGAACCGAAGCACUUAGUGUUACAGUGAUACAUGAUAACAGUGUUAAAGAGACACAGGAGCAGCUGGAAGCGAGGGGACGACUUUCUUCGAUCCCAAGCCACAGUCUUACCUGAGUGAUGUUUUAGCAUUUUUUGCUUCCUUCCCAGAACUUUAGUUUUGUAAAAACGAAAUGGAUUGAAACCAAAAUGUACUGCCAACUACUGUCAUCCAACCAGGCUCCAUGUUUGUCUUAAUCACAUCUAGACUCAAGUCUGUCCUUCUCUAUCUGUGCCCUUGUGCAUGUACUUUAUGUAUGUGGGUAUUCUGUGCGUGGACCAAUUUUGUAACAGUUGUACAAACCUUGUUAAGUUAACCUGUGUAUAUAAAUAUUAAACAUAAUAUAUUAAAUUAUUUGUUUUGGAAA